UACUUUGCCCAAAAUUUACCGCAAUUCACUUAAAGGGCAAACCACAGUCUGAGGAUAACGCAGGGCAACGCGGCUUCUGUAAACCAUGUGACAUGAAGUUAACCAAUAGGGAGCAGUUCGGUGAGUUCAAAGUGUGCAGACUUUCCUUUCCUCUGUUUUGAUUGUGGAUGCCGAGUGAAUUAUCUUGACUUCUAAACGAUCUUUGGGCAAUGUUGAGGAAGAGGCGUCAAACAAACAUGGCCGCCGUUUCAACUAAACGUGAAAGUAAUCGCGAGGCAUCGGAUGAAUUGUCUCCAAAAAACAAAAAGACAAAGACGGAUCAUGAAAAUAGUCAAGGAGAGAAUGGAAAGGAGUCUGAAGAAAAUGUCCUCUCUGGCUUUCAAACCACGACCGUGUUGAGUGAUUCUACCAGGGAGAAAACCAUCUUUGUCCACGGAAAGCUUGACGACCAGAAUGCUGUGGUCAUCCUGGAGAAGACUCCCAUCACAGAAGACGCUCUGGCUGAAAUAUUCACUGCUUCGACCCUGAAGCUAGAUAUGAGGAAUGACAUCUAUAGCACCUACCGUCUCCAGGCUCCACCUCACCUUAAUGAGCUCAAGGCAACCGUGGUAUUUCCUGCCACUGAGAAGCAUGUGAAGAAAUACCAGCGUCAGGAAAGCUUCCUGGUGGAGGAGACGGCGGAUGACUACCAGUCCAUCACUCUUCCCUUCAUCCAGAAGCAAAGUUUUAGUGUGCAGUGGGUAUACAACAUAUUGGAGAAGAAGGCAGAGUCUGAGCGGAUAGUGUUUGAAGAUCCAGACCCAAAGCUUGGUUUUGUGCUCCUCCCGGAUUUCAAAUGGGACCAGAAACAGCUGGAUAAUUUGUACCUGAUCGCCAUUACACAUCAGAGAAACCUCAAAAGUCUGAGGGACCUGACAUCAGAGCAUUUACCGCUCCUUCAAAACAUUUUCCAGAAAGGAAAGGACGCCAUCUUGCAACACUACAGCCUCCCAGCCAGCAAGUUGAGAGUCUACUUGCACUACCAGCCGUCUUACUACCACCUUCACGUCCACUUCACCAAGCUUGGCUACGAGGCGCCAGGCUGCGGUGUGGAGCGUGCCCACCUCCUUAUAGACGUCAUCCAGAACCUCCAGUCUGACCCACACUACUAUAAAACCAGGACCCUCUCCUUCCCACUGCGGGCAGAUGAUGGACUGCUCAGUCAGUUCAAGGAAGCUGGAAAAUUAUAAGCUUAUGACAAGGUGUUUUUCAGUCUGUUUUUAAUACAUUGAUUUGUAUUCAUUUUUAAAUUAUUAUUUUUUUUUUUAAAUUGUGAGACUGAAUCCAGACACUUUUCAGCAGUACUGAUUCAAAAAUGUUAGCUCGCAGGUGAGCAUGUACCGUUUAACUGCAAAACAUUUUUAUGUAAAAUUUUUUGGGGGGGGGGGAUUUAUCUUUUGUAACAACAGAAAUCAUUGAAUAAAUGGCUUCUGUGCCUCUUU